CCGCCGGACGCGAUCGUCUUAGCCUCAACAACCGACAUCAAGAAGAGGAAGAAGACAGCGAGUUCGUCAAGAUUUGCCUUAGGUCGAAGUCCAAGAAUGAGAUCUUGGAGCUUAGGGAAAAGUUCGCUGGCGAGCUUGAGCAGGUCCGCACUUUCUUGAGGGAGAUAGAAUCUCGGUAUGGCGUUAGCGGAGGCGGCGAGUCCACGCAAUCUCAGCAUUCAGUUGCCCCGGAGAUGGACGGUAACGGCAUGAUUGAGGGUUUUGAGGAGGAGGAGCCGAAGAAUGAUGGCGUGGUCGAGGUUGUCAAUGAGGAGCCAAUGGUAAAUUAUGGCCAUCUUAAUGGCAACAGGGUGAUUGAGGGAUUUGAUAAUUAUGGCCAUCUUAAUGGCAACGGUCUGAUUGAGGGUUUUGAUAAUUAUGGCCAUCCUAAUGGCAACGGUGUGAUUGAUGGUUUUCAGAAUGAACAACAGGAUGGGGAGCCAGUGUUGAAGUAUGGCCAUCUUAACGGCAACGGUGUGAUUGAGGGUUUUGAGAGGGAACAGAGGGUACCAAAAUAUCGGAAGCUCAGUGUGUCGGUUGCUCCAGAGAUCAAUUCUAGUUUAAUUGGAGGUGUAUUUGAAAAGGAGAAGAGAACCCCAAAAGCCAAUCAGUUGUAUCAGAACUCAGACUUCAUAUUGAUCGGCAAAGAUAAGUUCCCUCCUCCUGAAUUUAGCAACAGUGGCAGCAAGAAGAAGUUGAGGACUAAUGGUAAAAUUAACUCCUUCUUAGAAAGGAGGUAUUCUCAUGCUUUUAAGAAAUGUUCUACUCUAUUAUCAAAAUUGAUGAAGCAUAAGUUUGGGUGGGUGUUCAAUAAACCGGUUGAUGUUAAGGCGUUAGGGUUACAUGAUUAUUACAGUAUUAUUAGGCAUCCUAUGGAUUUGGGCACAGUUAAAUCACGGUUGAACAAGAAUUGGUACAAGACUCCAGCAGAGUUUGCAGAGGAUGUGAGACUUACGUUUCGAAAUGCUAUGACCUAUAACCCGAAAGGGCAGGAUGUUCACAUAAUGGCACAGCAGCUUUCUCAGAUAUUUGAGGAGCAGUGGCCUGCGAUCGAGGCUGAGUAUGCUUAUGUUCCAUACCCACCUACUCCUGUGCCGAGGAGACCUAUGCCUUUUGAUGGUAGGAUGUUGGAGAGAUCAGACUCUACAGUCUAUCCAGUUGAGGCAAAGACUAAGCCAGUGAAUUAUCCAGCCCCGAUCGUGCAUCAUAUAGUUCGGCCUACAGUUGUGAGGCAACCGAAGCCAAAAGCAAAGGAUCUGUAUAAGAGGGAGAUGACUGCAGAAGAGAAGCAAAAGCUUAAUGGUCAUUUGCAGGCUCUUCCGGCGGAGAAGUUGGAUGGUGUUGUGCAGAUUAUCAGGAAGAGGAACUCAGUUUUGUGCCCACAGGAGGAUGAGAUUGAGAUUGAUAUUGAUCUUCUGGACACAGAGACUCUUUGGGAGCUUGAUAGGUUUGUGACCAAUUAUAAGAAGAGCUUGAGCAAGCAUAAGAGGAGGGCGGAGCUUGCUAUGCUAGCAAAAGCAAAGGCAGAGAGAGAAAGAGGACAAGAGAGGGUUAUGGAGCUUGGUAUUGUGGGAGAGCCCAUCGGAAAUACUACAGGUGGUAAAGGAGUGGCUUCUUCGCUCCAAAUUGGGGGAGAAAAUAAAAGGGAAGAUUCAAGUGGAUCAAGUAGUUCAAGUAGCUCCAGCAGCGACUCUGGUUCAUCAUCAAGUGAUUCAGACAGUGAUAGUUCAUCAGAAUCAGAUACAGGCCAUUGAGCUAGAAUGUGAACAUUCUUAUUACAGGCGGGUUAUGCAAGAUACAUUGCUCUUGGAUGUCAUUUGAAUUUGAUGCCAUUUUGCUGCUGCAUGGAAGAAACUUGCUAUAUCUUGGCACAUCAGCUCCUAAAACCGAAUUAAAGCUCUAUUAUCUUUCCUGUGUAUUUUAGGGUAGCAGGACUGUGUUAGUCUUGGACUCCUGGGGCACUUUGCUUGACGAUGGCAACUGGAUAAGGAUCUGUACCUCAAUUAUUUUGCUGGUGCAAAAUAUGUAUAUGUAAUUAUUGUAGGUGUGUUAGUUUUAGGGUUUAGAAUGGGUCUGCUUGUAUUAAGAUGUGGCCAACUGUAAAUUCCUAUGUUCUCUGCUCUUAAUUUAGUGCUUUCUUCCUUCAUUUCUUUCGUUCAACCUCCAUCUGAUCCGAAAUCAAUAAGCAUCGUCGAGGGACUUUGUUCGAUUAUGGAUAACGGUUUUGUGAUGCUGUGUUACUGCUAUUCGCACUCUUCGUUUUCUGUAGACUCCAUUUGAAUAUGCUUUUAAUGGCAAAUAGAGUUUGAUAUGUGAUUCAUUGCUUAAA